CCGGUUGGAAGUUAAGCUCGUCUUUCAAGACGUUGAAUCCGUUGAGCCUUCAGAGGACCACCCGCGUAACCGAUCUCGCUUCUGUUGGGUUGAUAAGCUGCUCAGCGCGAGGAGUAUAUUGCCUUCACCGCGUCUGACUCAUCUGCUUCGUCUGCAGAACUUCGGUUCGGCUUGAUUUGUCCAAGACAUCCGCGAAACACAGCAGCACUUGCCUCACAUCACGACAACGAUGGACCCCUCUAAAGUCCGGACGGCAGUGAAGCGAUUCGUCUGCGAUCUAAAUGACAUUCGCCGCCGCGCAGAAGAGCGAGAAUCUGCUGCAAAGCGCGACCUGGAUCAAGAGGCACCGGCACUCCAAAGAAAGGUCAGUGUCCUUCGCAAGCGAAGGACACAGCUAACGGAGGAACUGACUGCGCGUCGACAAGAAGAAGAUCAUGCCCGUCAGCGACUGGUAGAGCUCGAGGAGGCCUACAAUGCGUCUGUUCAGCAUAGGCUUAUGGUCUCGGCCUUGCCAAGCACGCAGACUUUGCUUGACUUCAUACUCGGCGACCCGGCUCCCUCGGAUUGCGCGUCGCCCAAGCCACUUGCUUCAACACGGCCUUGUUCAGGUAUCUUCAUGGAAGUAGGCCACGCUGAUGACUUGGCUCUGGACACCGAAAAACAUAACCCUUCUUGUCUAGCGCCACCUGCGUCCAUCCCCACCCCUCCAACGAAGAGGCAGGCCGGAUACAUGCAUGGGAUGCCGGGCAAACGACGUCGCCAUCAAGCCUCGGCUAUGGCAUUGGUCGAGGAGACAGUCGGCAAUGAUGGGCUUUGCGACGAUGGGAACGCGAGAUGCGAUCACAGGACCAUUCAAGACGGCGAGGGAUGGUCUAUCCUCGGGUGCAACGAACACCAUGCAGAAUUUCUGCACCCGGAAGCAUGCAAGCUGUGUAUAGAUGCGCAUCGGGCACCACCUCUUAGCUCGACGAUGCCGCAGAACCUCAGCGGGGCACACGGUGUUGUUGGUGCGCUCGGAAUCGAUUUUUAGGGAUAUAAAGGAGCGCAUAUAGCAAUGCAAAGGUUCUGCCGAAGAUCAUUGGUGGAAAGCAGCAUGAGACGCAGUCAUCGGGAAUCUCGAAAGCCCGCAAGUCCAAUAUUAUAACGGACGUACUCUGCGAAAACAGCCUCGAGUCCGGCAAACGGGUCAACGGGAGUGAGUCAAGAAAGCGAUACUACUAGCAUGGGGGAUUGGUGACAAGCAAGGCCUGAAAUUACACGCAGGCAUUGGCGUAGAAUAACGGAAUGAUACGUAUGUUUUUGGCCAUCAACGACGGUCAGUAAGAAUUCG